GGUCAGACCCAACCAUGAUCAAGGCCAUCCUCAUCUUCAACAACCAUGGGAAGCCACGGCUGUCCAAGUUCUACCAGCCCUACAGUGUAGACACCCAGCAGCCAAUCAUCCGGGAGACUUUACACCUGGUGUCCAAGAGAUACGAGAAUGUCUGCAAUUUCCUGGAAGGAAGCUUGUUAAUUGGCAACAAGCUGAUCUACAGACACUAUGCAUCACUGUAUUUUGUCUUCUGUGUGCAUUCCUCAGAAAGCGAACUCGGCAUUUUAGAACUCAUUCAGAUUCACAAUAUCCUGGCAGAAAUGGUGAUGGACCGAAUGGUGCUGGAGACCAACAUGAAUGAAAUUGUCUCGCACAUCGACGCGCAGAACAAACUGGAGAAGUCUGAGGCUGGUUUAGUAGGCGCUCCAGCUCGGGCUGUAUCAGCUAUAAAAAAUAUCAAUCUUCCCGAGAUCCCAAGAAAUAAUAACAUCGAUGACAUCGGUAUAAAAGUGCCAAACCUGCCCUCUUUUAGAUAAAAUAUU